AGAUCUCUCUACUAGAAACUAAACAAAAAGAUGGGAAAGGGUCUUCUUUAUCAACAACAACACUACGGUGACAAUGGCAUGUGGAUGGACACCCAGGCUCAACAGCAACAGAGCUAUGCCUUCCAUGAAGAAUCUUGGGGAGGUGGUUCCGAUAACGGUUACCACAAGAAUCAUUUCCCAUCAUCAGGUAUGCCCAUGAAGCCACAUGGCGCUUUUCCCGCCAUGGAUUACCAUGGUGGUGGAGCAAGCAGGCCCGGCUUCUUCGGCGGCGCCAAGAAGCAUGGCUUUGGAGACACUCAUCAUCAUAACACGUUUUCGCACGGCGGUGGUGGCCACAAGUUCAAUCCCCAUGGUGGCCAUCACGGCGGCUAUUACUCUGAAGAGACAGAGUACGAAGAAGCCGCCUAUAGCGAGGAGCAUCACGGCGGUGGAGGCAGCAUGCAGAUGCAUAAGAUGGACGAGCAUCGCAAUAAUUGGAACAACCAUGGACAUGGCUUUAACAACCACGGCAGUCCAUAUUAUCAAAACCACCAUAUGAACAUGGACGGUUGGAAUCCUCAUCAUCAUCAUGGUGGCGGCUCAUACAAGGCUGACUGGACAGCAAAGGGUGUCUAAUAUAUUCCUCCGAUCCAACGUGGCAAUAUAUGUGCGCGCACGUGGGUGUGCGUGUACUAGCUACCUCUUUCAUGACUACUUGCUUGUUGCUCUUCUUCUUCGUAACCUAUCCACCCAAUGGUGUAAUAAAAUAUGUGUGUGCUCUCUUAUAAUAAAACGUAAUAAGGUUUCCCUCCA